GACGCUGCAGAGGCCAAGGACUGGUACGAGAAAUCUGCUUCGCAGGGCAACCUGGACGCCCAGUUCAAUCUGGCGGUGGUGCUGCUGACAGGCGCCGCGCCUGACCGGCCGCGCGCCCAACGCUUGGCGACGGCGGCAGCUGCGGGUGGCCAUGCAAAGGCAGAGGCUUUGCUGGAAGCAAUAGCGAACGGUGACGCUGCGUGGGCAACACCUCCUGAAUCCGAGGCUACCCGGGUGCAGCCCCAACAGCGGUUCGCAACAGCCCUUCUGGACGCGCAGAUGCUCUUGCAGGAUCUGGCAAGCUCCCCGGGGCCGCGUGCUAAAGUCUUUGUGCAGGACCUCCUGCGUCAGCUGGAGGAUCUACAGACAGACUUUCGCAGGUGCAAG